CUCCGAGUAUACGCGGAGGAAAUUACGCAAAGGUAUAAAAAGACCAAGCAUGGGUUCUGAGCUCUUCAGUCUUUGUUGAACCAAGAAACCAUGUGGACCAAGGGAGUAUCCUUAUUGUUGAUGACUUUGCUCGGAGUGGAGAGCAGACCACAAAACACCAGGGACAUCCUCCUUACACCCUUUAACCUCGUCAGGAACACAGGGUCCUCCGUCCUCUCUACGACAGGAAACUUUGUCAACGCUGUCCCAACCUCGAUCAACACUCUCUCUAAUUCUGCGGUCAGAGGAGUUAACUCCGUUCCAACAGCAAUCAACAACGUUGGAGCCUUUGGGUUCAACAGUGUCCAAGCAGCUCCUGCCAAUACUAUUAGAUUUGCCAACACUAUUGCUGAUGCAGGUGUCAGAACUGUUGUCGCUGCUCCACAGACAGCCUUUACAGCCUUCAGACAAGCUCCUUCUACUGCACUUCGGCUCUCAACCGGAGCAUUGAGCUCUGGAACCAAUGCUGUCAUCUCUGCCCCUGGAACAUUUACCAACCUUGCCUCAAAUACAUUUCAAACAGGCAAUACUUUAGCUGGAGCUGUUCCUGCUGGUCUUUCUAAUGUUGCUUCAACUGGAACAAGAUUUGUCUCCCAGGUUCCCAACAAUGUUGUUGGAUUCACUGGACAAGCUAUUGGAGCUGGGGCUACUGGAGCAAACACUAUUGUUGGAGAUGGUAUGAACCUUCUGAUCGCUGUACCAACUAUGGCAGCUCAGCUAGCAGGAACCACCUUCCGAACAGGGGAAGCUGUUUUCAAUGGCGGUGCUAAUCUAUUUUUCUCUACUGGAAUGACUGGACUCAAUGCAAUCAAUGGCGGCGCACGUGCUGUAAUGCAAACAGCUGGUUCCGGUGUACAGUUAGCAAACCAAGCUAUGCAGCGUGUCACAGGGUUUUUCUAAACUUCCACAAUGCGCCUCCGACAUUCUGUGAAUCCCAUAAGAUAAUAUUUAUUGUUAUUUAAAUUGUUUGUCUUGGAAAAGAUAAUUAUUGUUUUUAUAACAUUACAAACCUCACAAUACUUUUAUUUAUUCAAUAAAAUUCAGUUUACUGUUUUUUAACAAUAGGCUCUAUACAGA